AUGAUGCUCGGGGCUCGACUCGUUUGUUCGAUUGAACUGCUCAAAUUUGACUCGAGGUCGAGUUUAACCGAGCUCGAGUCGAACAUUGACUCGAGCGUUUGUGAACAACUUGUGAGCCACUCGACUGAGAUGGCAGGGAAGGACGACGCCAUGGAGGCUCUCAAGAGGGAGGCCGUUGAUUUGGAGAAUAUACCGAUCGCGGAGGUUUUCGAGAAUCUGAGGUGCUCGAAAGAGGGGCUGUCGUCGGAGGAUGCUAGCAGGAGGCUCGAGAUAUUUGGUCAGAACAAGCUUGAGGAGAAGGAGGAGAGUAAAUUUCUGAAGUUCUUGGGAUUUAUGUGGAAUCCUCUGUCCUGGGUGAUGGAAGCAGCGGCUAUCAUGGCCAUCGCUCUUGCAAAUGGAGGAGGGAGACCACCUGAUUGGCAGGACUUUGUUGGGAUCAUAAUUCUUCUUGUGAUUAACUCUACCAUAAGUUUCAUAGAGGAGAACAAUGCCGGGAAUGCCGCUGCUGCCCUCAUGGCUCGUCUUGCACCUAAAGCAAAGGUUCUUCGUGACGGGCGUUGGAAUGAGGAAGAUGCAGCCGUUCUUGUUCCUGGCGAUGUUAUAAGUAUAAAAUUGGGUGAUAUUAUUCCAGCCGAUGCCCGACUCCUUGAGGGUGAUCCUAUGAAGAUUGACCAGUCUUCUCUAACGGGUGAAUCCCUGCCCGUGACAAAAGCCCCAGGAGAUGGUGUUUACUCCGGCUCUACGGUCAAACAGGGCGAAAUUGAAGCAGUGGUUAUUGCAACUGGUGUUCACACAUUCUUCGGGAAGGCUGCCCACUUAGUGGAUUCCACUAAUCAAGUGGGACAUUUCCAGAAGGUCCUUACUGCGAUCGGAAAUUUCUGCAUAUGCUCGAUUGCAGUGGGAAUGGUCAUUGAGAUCAUUGUGAUGUACCCAAUUCAGCAUCGUGCUUAUCGUCCGGGCAUUGAUAAUUUGCUCGUGCUCCUGAUUGGUGGAAUCCCUAUUGCAAUGCCAACUGUCUUAUCUGUUACAAUGGCAAUCGGUUCACACCGUUUGUCCCAGCAGGGAGCCAUCACUAAGAGAAUGACAGCAAUUGAAGAAAUGGCUGGCAUGGAUGUGCUUUGCAGUGAUAAAACUGGGACUCUCACACUAAAUAAGCUAACAGUUGACAAAAAUCUCAUUGAGGUUUUUACAAAAGGAGUGGAUGCGGAUACUGUAGUUCUCAUGGCUGCCCGAGCUUCUCGUCUGGAAAAUCAAGAUGCCAUUGAUGCUGCAAUUGUGGGGAUGUUGGCUGACCCCAAGGAGGCAAGGGCAGGAAUUCAGGAGGUCCAUUUCUUACCAUUCAAUCCAACUGAUAAGCGAACUGCAUUGACUUACAUUGAUCGUGAAGGUAAAAUGCAUCGAGCCAGCAAGGGAGCCCCUGAACAGAUACUGGACCUUGCGUACAACAAACAUGAGAUUGAGCGACGAGUCCAUUCAGUCAUCGAUAAGUUUGCCGAGCGAGGACUGAGAUCACUUGCAGUUGCAUACCAGGAAGUUCCUGAAGGAAGGAAAGAGAGCGCCGGGGGUCCGUGGAAAUUUUUUGGGCUCUUGCCACUUUUUGACCCUCCUAGGCAUGACAGUGCUGAGACUAUCAGAAGGGCUCUGAACCUGGGCGUAAAUGUUAAAAUGAUAACUGGUGAUCAGCUUGCUAUUGGAAAGGAAACAGGACGCCGCUUAGGUAUGGGAACAAACAUGUAUCCAUCGUCUUCUCUAUUGGGACAGGACAAAGACGAGUCUAUUGCUGCUAUGCCUAUCGAUGAAUUGAUCGAGAAGGCCGAUGGCUUUGCUGGUGUUUUCCCUGAGCAUAAGUAUGAAAUUGUCAAGCGUUUGCAAGCUCGUAAACAUAUAUGUGGGAUGACUGGAGAUGGGGUGAACGAUGCUCCUGCCCUUAAAAAGGCUGAUAUUGGAAUAGCUGUUGCUGAUGCUACUGAUGCAGCCAGAAGUGCAUCUGAUAUUGUGCUUACUGAACCUGGUCUCAGUGUGAUUAUCAGUGCUGUCCUAACCAGUCGAGCAAUCUUUCAGCGGAUGAAAAAUUACACGAUAUAUGCUGUCUCCAUCACUAUCCGGAUUGUGCUUGGGUUUAUGUUGCUAGCGCUCAUAUGGAGGUUUGAUUUCCCACCGUUCAUGGUUCUGAUUAUUGCCAUACUUAAUGACGGGACCAUCAUGACAAUAUCUAAGGAUCGGGUGAAGCCUUCUCCUUUACCAGACAGCUGGAAGCUAGCCGAGAUUUUCACGACAGGAAUUGUUCUCGGAGCCUACUUGGCAAUGAUGACCGUCAUUUUCUUCUGGGCAGCAUAUGAUACUGACUUCUUCCCUAGAGUAUUCGGAGUCAGGUCUCUCGAGAGAACAGUCAACCCAAACUUCAGAAUGCUUGCCUCGGCAAUAUACUUGCAGGUUAGUAUAGUCAGCCAGGCCCUCAUUUUCGUAACCCGAUCAAGAAGCUGGUCGUUUGUCGAGCGCCCCGGAUUUCUUCUCGUUGGGGCAUUCCUUAUUGCUCAGCUAAUUGCUACUCUGAUUGCUGUAUACGCAAAUUGGAGUUUUUGCGCAAUCGAGGGGAUAGGAUGGGGUUGGGCCGGGAUUAUAUGGCUCUAUAAUAUAGUAUUCUAUUUCCCACUCGAUCUCCUCAAAUUCUUCAUCCGAUACGCAUUGAGUGGAAAAGCCUGGGAUCUUGUUAUCGAGCAAAGGGCUGAGAGAGCUGACUACACUGAAAGGCCAUGUGGAAUCAGUUAUAAAGUUGAAGAAUCUCGACAUCGACACCAUUCAGCAGUCGUACACAGUCUGAGUUCGGACGUUUUUUUUUUUCCAGCAUAUUUUGGAUGCUUUGUUGUUCGCUACUUUUAA